AUGGAGAAUGUUACUGUAGACCUGCAUAUAGAAAGCAAGGAACAAGACACAACAGAACAAAGCUUGGAAGAGGAAGUUGAUGUUAAAACUCUGACUGACACUGAGCUAUGGAAGCAGCUUUGUUUAUAUGGAGUCAGCCCUGGACCAAUAUUACCUUCCACAAGAACCGUUUAUGAAAGCAAGCUUCUGCAGUUGAUGAAGCAAUGCCCAGGAGCAGCGGCUGGAGAGCAGAGCAAGCUGGAGGAUUGUGAAAGGGAAAACGUUGCAGCAAAAGGACAAAGCACAGAAGUCGUUCUUCAGAAUAGCAACUUUAAAGUAUCACCAGAAUGUGCCUGUAGUCCUGAUAAUAAAGCUCCUUUAGAUGAAAUAACAGAACGCCAGAAGAAACUCUUGUCACCUGAUUCUGAGCACAGUUUAGCCAAAAUAGUGGCAGAACUCCAAGAGAUAUUGCCAGAAGGUAAAAUGGCAUCACAUCGGUCACAAGGUUUAAGGAAGAAAGUUAGCAACAGCCCUGAGACAAGCAAACAAAAGAAAAGUGAUGCACUGCACAUUGAUUAUGGUCAUCCUGAUGCGAACAGCGUAGGAACUAGUUCUCGAAAAAGAACAUUAAGAGAGACUCCUCCUUCAGUUAAGAAACGUCCUGAAAUCAAAUCCCAGAAGGCAUGUGAAAAACCAGCUGGAGGACUUAUACCAACACGGAUAAAGAUUGCUGUGUUUUGUAUCUUUGUUUUCCUUCUCUUUGUGUAUGUAACUAUGGAAACCAGUCCAUUCACUACCUUCUUUAGCAGAAAAUGA